AUGCAUUUCCAUAAAAUCACUGUUAUACUUAUUUAUUCAGCCAUUACAUGUUAUGCAGAACACGUCUGCAGGAUUCCUAGGAAUGUGAGAUUAAUGCACGCAUCUUCCUCUUUCUCAUCUAGAACAAGAAGAAGCACAGUGGAUAGCAAGUUGAAGUUCUCUGUUGAGUAUACGACAGCGUUUCAAAAGCAUGCCCUUUUUGAUAAAGUAAAGACAAAUAUUGUCUUACCAUCACUCACAUUUUGGGAAAAAACGUUAAGUGUUAAAAAGAUGCCUACAGGGAAUAUUUUACUCGAAAGACAAUGCCUCGACUCACAGGUUUCUUACAUCAGAUGGCCGAAUGGGACUAUUGGUAUGUACUGCAAUAAAGGCUGUGAUAGUGUUACGCGUUGUUUUACGGAGCCUAUACCAAAUACUUAUCUCAAUGGAUGUAAACAGCUCAAUGGUAGUCAACCAACUAUUCAAGGAGAAAGAGGCGUUGGAAUACCACCGAACGGUUAUUUGGUUUUUGUCGAUGCUUCUGCAACGGAUCCAUGUAAAGCUGAUGAUUUGUUGGCUUAUGCCCUAGCCUGUCAACUUGAAUCUGGUACCGAUAGGCCUGUUGCAGGUUAUGUAAACAUGUGUCCAAAUCAGUUGUCUGGAUCAACAGGUGAAAUUCGUGCUACAAUUUCCACCUUCAUUCAUGAAAUGGCACACGCUUUAGGUUUUUCAAGCACAUCCUAUGCCUUUCUGCGUGAUGAAAAUGGUAAUCCAAGAACACCACGAGAUCCACAGACUGAUUUACCAGCACUUGGUCAGGAUUCUGAUUUUAUUUUUAUAGCAAGUACAUCAACUAUUAGAACCUUUCAACGCACUUGGGUUUCUGCAGUUUCUACGACUACACGCACGGUCAGUGCCUUUGUCCUUCCAAACCUAUUGAAAGAGGCUAGAGCUCACUACAAUUGCCCGACAUUGGAUGGAAUGGAUGUUGAAAAUGAUGGUGGCCCUGGGACGGCAAUUGUUCAUUUCGAAAAAAGAAUUACUGAGGAUGAAUUAAUGUCAGGAAGCUAUUCAAAAGAGACGUAUAUUUCAGCUUUAACACUGGCAUAUUUCAAAGAUACAGGGUGGUACGAUGUGAACAUGUCCAUGGCUGAUAACUGGAAAUAUGGUAAAAACUGGGGGUGUGAUUUUGUGCUGAAGAGUUGUUAUGAAUAUAUGCUGAUGAAAACGGCAGCGAACAGGCCAUUAACACCUUAUUGCAAUAAGGCUUCAGCCAAUGAAAUAAAAUGUUUAGUUUAUGAUGAAGCAUACGGUUACUGUGAUCUUAGACGUUUGAAGGAUAAAGUUCCUCCAGAAUAUCAAUAUUUUACUCGUUUGGAUGGAGUUGCUGAUUCAGAAGUACCUUUUUAUGGUGGGAGUUCUACACUGAGUGAUCGAUGUCCAAUUUAUCGGCCUUGUCCAAACCUUACAUCUACAAGUGGUAGUGGAAAUCUAAUAUCUCGGAUACGGAGGAAUGAUAAACUACUAAUUUUAAAUGUGAUUAUAUUACUCCAGAUUUUGGAUUACUUAAAUUUUUGAUAAGAAAGUUAAAGAAAACUAUAAAUGAGUAUUUCGAAUAUAUAUUUAUAUUUUAUCAUGGAGUGUCGACAUCCUAUACUAUAACUAACUUUAUUUAUCUAUUUUAAUUUUUU